UCUUUCCUCUUCUCGUACCUGGCCGACAGUGCAUCGAUGAUCGAAUGGGGCGGGGAGGUGGUGAACUCGGAGCCGGACGGCGAGCACACUUCGACUGAGAUGGGCAGCGGCCACUUCCCUGAAGAAGGGUACAGCAAAGCGAGCUACUUCAGGAACAUUCAGAUAGUCGACGGAUCGAACAAUCUGAGGGCUCCGACCGGGGUUGGUGCCUUCACGGAGCAGUCGAACUGCUACGACGUGCAGAACGGAAACAAUGGCGAAUGGGGGCAGCACUUCUACUACGGAGGACCGGGUAGAAACUCAAAUUGCCCGUAGAGGAGGAAACAGCUCAUUAAUUCCUUUA